AUGGCGCCAUCCAGCGAUGUUGGCUACAUGAUGUCGGAUACCUUGUCAAGGGUAGGAACGGCCAGGCGACCGGCCUUUCCCAGCUCCUCAGGGACGCGGCCAAGAGCCCCUCCAUCAGAGUCUAAUGUCGGAGCCCCGAGCGACGAUGAAGGCGAUGGUUUCGGCGAUGACCAGAUACCUCACCGGUCCCGUCGCGCCGGAGCGGCAGAUAUCCCGCGAGUCGAGGAUAAGCUGGGCUUGACUGUGCAAGAGAGUUUUGAAGACUUUAUUGAAAAGUAUGGCAUCUCAUUUGUUGAAGAUCCAACCUCAUCCGCAGCGCCUGUCUCCAGCGCCGUCACAACAGACAAGUACUAUGUCGCCCAGAUCAAUAACAUGCGAGCCUACCAAUUGUCAACCUUCUACGUUGAUUUUAGGCAUCUGCUUGCGUAUCAGAAUGGCGGCUUAGCGGAUGGUAUAAUGAAUCAAUACUACCGAUUCUUACCUUUUUUAACUGCCGGCCUACACAAUAUGAUCGCCAAACACGAACCCCAGUAUUUUAGGGAGCACCGGCAACCCACCACGUCGAGCAAUCUUGCGAGCUCUGCUGUGAGCAAUGCGGGAUCCGCGAGCCAGUCGGAAUUGGGGAACCGGACGAGCAAUCAGCAAACCGACAAGCUCUUCUCCAUUGCGUUUUAUAAUCUCCCCUUGGUGUCGAGAAUCCGCAGCCUGAGAGCGAAAAAUAUCGGCAUGCUUCUUUCCAUCUCAGGCACAGUAACGAGGACGUCCGAAGUCCGACCCGAACUGUCGUUGGCCACUUUUGUCUGUGAAGCUUGUCGCACCGUUGUACCCAAUGUAGAGCAGACAUUCCGGUAUACCGAACCAACCCAAUGUCCUAAUCAGACCUGCUUGAAUCGGCAAGCCUGGCAGCUCGACAUUCGCCACAGUACCUUUGUUGAUUGGCAAAAAGUGCGCAUUCAGGAGAACAGUUCAGAAAUCCCCACCGGUAGCAUGCCUCGCACUAUGGAUGUGAUCCUUCGCGGGGAGAUGGUCGACCGAGCCAAGGCUGGCGAGAAGUGCGUUUUCACAGGAGCAUUAAUCGUGGUCCCCGACGUUAGUCAACUCGGUCUUCCGGGUGUUAGGCCGACGGCAGUCCGCGACGACAAAAGCGCAAUGCGUGGAAACGAUGCUGGCGGGAACGGUGUGACGGGAUUGAAGACUCUCGGUGUGCGGGAUCUUACCUACCGCCUCGCUUUCCUGGCCUGUAUGGUUACCCCUGAUAUCGGGAAUACCACCGCAGCAGCUGGCAAGGGGUCUGUAGCCGACGUCAUCAGUGCCUUGACCCAAGGUUCCUCGAACGAAGCUGAGUCUGUUGAGGAGGCCCAGGCAGCUGUUCUUGCUUCCAUGAACCCUUCUGAGAUCGAGGAAUUGCGGCAAAUGGUACACAGCGACCACAUUUACUCCCGCUUGGUUCACUCUAUUGCGCCGAUGGUUUAUGGUCAUGAGAUCGUGAAGAAGGGCAUACUACUCCAGUUGAUGUCGGGCGUUCACAAGUCAACGCCAGAAGGCAUGCAACUCCGAGGCGACAUCAACAUCUGCAUUGUUGGCGACCCCUCAACCUCAAAGUCUCAGUUUCUAAAGUAUGUCUGCUCCUUUGCCUCUCGAGCCGUUUAUACCAGUGGUAAAGCCUCCUCGGCAGCUGGUCUUACCGCGGCGGUCGUCAAAGAUGAAGAAACUGGCGAGUUCACGAUAGAGGCCGGCGCCCUCAUGCUUGCCGAUAAUGGCAUCUGCGCCAUUGAUGAAUUCGACAAGAUGGACAUUGCAGACCAAGUCGCUAUUCAUGAAGCUAUGGAGCAGCAAACUAUCUCAAUCGCGAAAGCUGGUAUCCAGGCAACACUUAACGCGAGGACUAGCAUUCUUGCCGCCGCAAACCCCGUUGGAGGCCGAUAUAACCGCAAGACCAACCUACGAUCUAACAUUAACAUGAGCGCUCCGAUCAUGUCUCGCUUCGAUCUCUUCUUUGUCAUUCUUGACGAGUGUAAUGAGCAGAUUGAUAGGAGGCUAGCCGACCACAUUGUUAGCAUUCACCAAUUGCGCGACGACGCCAUCGAGCCGGAGUUUAGCACGGAGCAGUUGCAACGAUACAUACGCUUUGCGCGGACUUUCCGUCCCGAGUUUACCGACGAGGCCAAAGACGUCCUCGUCCAGAAAUAUAAGGAACUCAGAGCAGAUGACGCGCAGGGUGGUAUUGGGAGAAACUCGUAUCGGAUUACUGUCCGUCAGCUCGAGAGCAUGAUUCGUCUAUCCGAAGCCAUCGCCAAAGUCAAUUGUGUCGAGGAGAUCAGCGCAACCAUGGUGAUCGAGGCGUCCAAUCUCCUUCGGCAGAGUAUCAUCUCAGUCGAGCAUGACGACGUGGAGAUGGAUGAACCAGAUGAAGAAGAAGACGGAGAGACUCUCCGUCGCGCCGCUGAUAAAGCUGCCGGUCGCUCCGAGGGAGGUUCACCUGUUGGACCUACCGGUGCUGGUUCCGACGUGGACUCUGAUUCGGAUAUGGAGGGGCAGCGACCGCAGGCCACACCACGCCCCAGCCAGACGCCUGCACCGGCACGCCCCAAGCAGACCAUCACGUACGACAAGUAUAUUAGCAUGGUUAAUCUGUUCGUCCAGCGUGUGAACGAGGAUGAGACAGGCUCCGGUGAGGGCGUCGAGGGUGACCAGCUCGUGCAGUGGUAUCUUGAGCAGAAGGAGGAGGAGCUCGAUGGUGAGGAAGCCUACAAUCGGGAGAUGGCUCUAGCCAAGAUGGUAUUGAAGAAAAUGGUCAAGGAUAACAUUCUCAUGGCCAUUCGCGGAGAUUUAGCAGACGAGGAUGAAGGUGCCCCGUCCCAAACUGCCAAGGUCGUUUAUGUGCUUCACCCCAACUGCGCUUUGGAGGAGUAUUGA